GACAGUUGUCAUAAUCACAAUUCCUAACCUACACUCUAGAGAAAUUUAAAUUAACUUAUGUUAUUUUAAUAAAAUUGCACCUAUAUUAUUUACCAAUGGCUAAAGUAAAGAACAAGAGAAAUGCCGGAGCAGCAGAUAGAGCCCAGCAAAAGAGGAAAGCGGAGGCGAACAAGAAAAAGUUAAAUCCAUUUGAAGUUCACAUAAACAGAGAAAAACAUAAGGUUUUGGGAAAGAAAACCAAACAUGACAGGGGAUUGCCUGGUGUUUCACGUGCUAAAGCUGUACAAAAGAGAAAAGAAACCCUCGGUACAGAAAUGAAGCUGAUGCACAAAACGAACACGUUCAUAGACAAGCGUAUAGGCGAGAAGAACAGUGAGUUGUCAGCGGAGGACAGGAUGGUCGCCCGGUUUGCUGCGGAGCGGGCCAAGCAACAUAGCAGGAAGAAUAUUUACAAUUUGGCCGAUGAUGAAGUGUUGACACACAGAGGUCAAACUUUGGAACAGAUAGAGAAGUUUGAUGACCCUCGCUCGGAUGAGGAAGACGAAUCAGGGUUCAAGGGCUUGGAUGAUGACUUUGUCUCCGAAGGCCACUUUGGUGGCGGUGUACUCUCCAAGUCCGACAAAGACGGAGCCAAGUCCCACAAGGAUCUGAUCGAGCAGCUGAUAGCAGAGUCCAAGAAGAGAAAAGCAGAGAAGCAGAAGGAGAAAGAACAGACUUUGGACUUGACGGAGAAGCUGGACAGUGAAUGGAAGGAUUUGCAGCCAGUUGUGUUUAAGAAGAUGCGAGUAGAAGAGGAAUCAGCCAUAGACAAAGUGCUGAACAAGGCAGAGAAAAACAGCCAGGACUAUGAUAAGAUGAUGAGGGAGCUGCGUUUUGAGAAACGGGGCACGCCAUCAGACGCAAUCAAGAGCGACGAGAAAUUAGAGCAGGAAGAAAAACUAAGAAUAGCCCAACUCGAGAAAGAGAGGGAAAAGAGAAUGAGGGGAGACUACGAGGAAACCGCUAAAGUUGAGCCCGCUAAGAAGCACAGGUCAGCAGAUGAUCUUGAUGAUAAUUUCGAGCUAGAAGAUGAAAAAGAGUUUAUGCUGGCGUACGACAAGGACGGAAAGCCUCUCGUUCCUGAACAUAUACUCAAGGACUACUCAGUUCCUAAUGCCCAAAAACAAUAUGACGAUGGUUUAACCGAGUCAGAGGACGAUGAUGAUGAUGAUGAGAAUGAAGAAAAUAGUGACGAUGAUGAUGAAAGUGGUGAUGAAGAAGAAAGUGAACAAGAAGAAGCUACCAAAAGUAAAAAAGGUACUAAUAGUGAUAAAAAAGUUGUAAGUGCAGGUAAAGAAAAAUCUGAAGAUAAAGAAAAGAGUAUAUUAUUUAAAGAUUCAGAUGAUAGUGAAGAAGACGAAUCAGGUGAAUCAGACGAUGAUGAUGAACCGGAAAAGGAUACCAAAAUAAAAACUAGUAAAGUUGAAAACUCAGGUAAUGAUGAAAGCAGUUCUGCUGAAAGUGAGGAAGAGAAUGAAACACAAGACACUAAGAAAAUAAAUACAAGUAAAGCAGAAUCAAAAUCGAAAAUAGAAACCGAUGAUGACUGUUCUAAAGCAAAUGAAAGUAAAGUUAGUGACGAAAUAGAUUUUAACGGUAAAGAUGAUUCUGACGAGGAAUCUAGUGAAAGUGACGACGAUGAAGAAAUGGAAGAUAAGAAUAAAAUUAAUAAAAAUGAAAAAUCAACAAAGUCUAAAGUUGAUUCUGUUAGCGGAGAAGAUUCAAGCGAAGAAGAUGAUUCAGAACCAGAAGAAACUCAGAAUAAUGUACAAAAGAAAGAAACAAAUAAACGCCAAAAACUUAUUGGUGAUUCAGAUAGUGAAGAUGACAAUAAACAGACUAAGGAUGACAGUGAUGAUGAAAUUGAUGAACAAUUAAAGUCAUAUUUGGGGAAAACUGCUGAAUACGAGAACUUCAAGGAAUUAUUAUCAGGAAAGAAUCCAUCGCAACAAUCCACAGCGAUCCAAAAACUAAUAAAAACCUACGACCCAAGUCUCGGCGAAAAUAACAAAGACAAACUAUCAAGAUUAUUCGCAAACAUGCUCCAAUACGUCAACGAUUUAUUCUCAAAUCUGACAAACGAAGGCGAACUUAUGAAAUCAUUCUUGAUAUUCAACGAUAUAACCAAACAUUUUUAUGACAUCGCACAUAUUAACAAAGUAUCAUCAAGAAAAUUCUUUGCUGAAUUAUUAAAGGAAAAAUACGAGGCAUACAAAAAGAAGCCAAAAAGAAUACCGAACAUGGAUACAUUAAUAUUUUUCAAAUUAAUUUCAAUACUGUAUCCCACUUCUGAUUUUCGGCAUCCGCUUACGUCGCCAUCUUUGACGUUUAUGUCUCAAAUUUUACAUUCAUGCAGAUUUAACGAUGCUUAUUCUAUAUCUAGAGGACUAUUCUUAGUCACUUUAAUAUUAGAAUACACAGUUUUAUCAAAAAGAUUUGUACCUUCAGCGAUAAAUUUUAUUAGAGGAAUAUUAUAUUUGAGCGCAAAAACGACAGUUUUAAAUCCAAUAAAAGUCGUUCCGCCAUUCCGUUUGCACAAGGACGCGAAGAUUUUGAAUUUGGAAGACGACUGUUCGAAAUUGAAAGGCGAAUGGAAAAUGAGUUUGAACGAUUUGUUGACAGAUACCAUAGACAAUGGGUUUAAAAUUCGAAUAGUUUAUAAUUCCAUAAUGAUAUUACGGGAGUUUUUUGAGCAUUGUGGUGAAAUGGAGGCACAGGAAUGUAUAUUUAAUCCUCAUAUUCAGUUGAUGACUAGAUUGGACGUUGAGUUGUAUCCUAAGAAGGUAGCAAGUGCGAUUGAGGAGACUAUUAAAUAUAUGAAGGGAACUUUGGAAGUGAAGACAUAUACGCCCCUUACUAGUGUGAAGGCGAAACCGAAAGUGCUGAGGUUGUAUGAACCGGAUAUACAGGAAGUGUUCACCGGCAGUAAGAGUUCCAAACUGUCACGAGAGACAGCAGAAAGGCAGCGAUUGGAACACAAGAUCAAGCGAGAAAUGAAGGGGGCGCUCAGAGAAAUCAGGAGGGAUAAGGCGUACAUCGCUUCAGUCAAGAUCAAAAAUAAGAUACAGAGCGACAACAUGCGAAAGGAAAAGGUGAAGCAGAUCUACAAGGAUGCGUCCAUACAGCAAGGGGAGCUCAACAAAAUGAAAAGAGGGAAAUAACAGCACUUGCUUAUAUAAUAUUAAAAAUAUUAACAUACAA